CUCAACUGUAAGGUCACGGGGUCAGGGGCACUGUACCUAGGGAGGGCAUGGGGUCCCUUCUCUAGGGUAGUCUUUGCCUAUACAUAUAUGGACAACAUUAUCAUCCCAAAAGGCUGGUACAAUUGGGGUGACCCUAACCGAGAAAUGACUGUGUUUUAUGGACAAUAUAAGUGCACUGGGACUGGGGCAAGCUUUGCAGGAAGAGUGUCAUGGUCAAGAGAACUUACUGAUGAGGAAGCUAAGCCUUUUAUUUCACUUAGCUUCAUUGAUGGCUCUGAAUGGAUCAAAUUAUAAUACAAUCCUGAGUUCAAAAACAUAAAUGUUGUCUUGUGCACCUAUAAAACAUUAUACAAGUAUAAAAAGCU